UUUUUUUCAUUUCGAAAUUUGUGUCAAAUUUUUUUAAUAAUUAAUUUUCGAUUGUUUGAGAACCGAAAACGAUUUAUAUUUAUUUUUAUUGAUAUUCUUAAUUUCGCGAGCAAAAUUUUUAAUUCGAUGUUGAGAUUAAAACCUUUUUUACAGCCCGUAUUCCACAGAAUACGUUAUAAUAUUUAUAAAUUAUAUUCCAAAGCCGCUGAGCAACCGGAAGCAGCGCUAAGUUUAACGGAUGCAUUAGGAGCUCAAACAGAACAAACAUCUAAAUCUAGGACAAAUGUUCAUCUAUCAAAUGAGGCUAUAGAGAGUCAAAAAUCUGAAGAAAUGUCAAAUGCUGGGCUCAAAAAGCCAGGCGGUUGUAAUAAAAAAGCUGCACCUAAGGGCAAAAAGGGUAAGAAAUGUGGCCAACCUAAGCCAGUUCCCCCACAAGAUCCUGGACCUCCUGGUGGAUAUUACAUUCAAGAUAAAUGUGAUAUAUACGAUAUACCCAAAACAAAUGCCAAGAAAUGGAGAACUAUUUCAUAUGCCUUAGUUCCAUUAGCCCUCGGAUUAUCCGCUUUUAUUCUAGCUACCAAAGAGGAAGCUCCAGAACCUGAAUAUAUUCCUUAUGAAUACAUGUACAGACGAACUAAACGUUUUGCUUGGCGAGAUGGUAAAACAUCACUGUUUCAUGGACCUAACAAUUUAAUACCUGAAGAGGAGGAAGAACGUUUAGACCGAGAAGCAGAAGAAAAACAAGCGCAACCUACACCCCCCAAAAAAGGAGAAAAAGCACCACCACCAGCCGAAAAAGAGGCACGAUAUAAAAAACAUAUCAAUGAAGAGCAGGACAAAAUUAAAAAACGUGAACAACAUGCUCACGAGGAAUUGGAAAGACGUAGAAAACGCCAUGAAGAAGAACGAGCCAAUCAGCCCAUUGCUGAAACACAAAAAUAGCAAUCGCAUUAAAAACGCUUUCAAAUUUAAGUUAAAAAAAAUCUUUAAUUAUAAAAAAAUAUAUGUAUGUAUAUUUUUAUACGAUUUACAAAAUAAUGUGAAUAAAAUUCAACAUUUUCUCACAUCUGUUACAAAAU